CAUUUUUAGUUGGUUUUUAGUCACAGUCACACCUCGGUGGCUGUCUGAUUGUAUGUUGAACUCUCUUUUUAUAUACAUUAAUCAGAGGACUUUUUUUUUUUAUCUAAAAAUAGUUUAUUUUUUCUUUAUCCUUCGAGAUGAGUGUAAAAACUGUACAACAAAAUUCAGUGCCAUUAAAAGAAGAAAAUGAAGUUUCUACAAGAAGAGCCAUUUUAACAGUUGGCUUUAUUUUUCUAGUUUCGUUAACAUCGUUAUUUUACGUGUACAUGAGCUUUCCAGAUUUAGAAGAGGAAGAAAAGAAACAUAUAAAACUGCCUUUCCACAUAGAAGAUGCCAAAAAUCUCGGAGGUGUUCUUGAACGUUACAAGGAUUUGUAUUACAUUCAGGUCCUAGCUGGAGUAUUCAUCACUUACAUAUUUCUACAAACAUUUGCAAUUCCAGGAUCAAUAUUCCUUUCAAUUUUAUCAGGAUUUCUCUUUCCCUUUCCAGUUGCAUUAUUUCUUGUAUGCUGUUGCAGCGCAUUAGGAGCAACUCUAUGCUAUCUACUUUCAUCUUUAUUGGGGCGAAAAAUACUUUACAAAUAUUUUCCUGAUAAAGCAAGAGAAUGGUCAAUGAUGGUGACAAAACAUCAUGAUAAUCUUUUAAAUUAUAUGUUAUUCCUAAGAAUGACACCAUUAUUACCAAAUUGGUUUAUAAAUCUUGCGAGUCCCGUUAUUGGUGUUCCAAUUAUACCAUUUUUAAUUGGAACAUUUUUUGGUGUUGCACCACCAUCAUUUGUUGCAAUUCAAGCUGGACAAACAUUACAUAAAUUAACAUCGUCAAGUGAUGCAUGGUCAUGGACAAGUUUUAUUAUUCUCUGUAUUUUUGCGCUUCUUUCAUUGGUACCUGUUAUUUUUAAGCAAAAAUUUAAACAAAAAUUCGAGUAAUUUAUUUUUCUUGUGGGAUACCUUUUAAUACAUUCCAAAAAUUUUUAUUUCAUCGCUAAAUUUAAAGUAAAAAAGUAUAUGUGUGUGUGUGUGUGUUAAAAGAAAAUAUGGUUUUUAUCGCACAUAAAGGAAAUUUGUUUUUGAAAAAAAAAGAAACGAAUUUCCUCUCACAUUCCUAGUUUAUUAGAUAAUUUUUCUUUUGCCACUUUUUUCGGAGAAAAAGUUUUUGGCAAAUUUUUAUUGUUUCUUGAUUAGUAAGAAACUAUUUAUUUAUAAAUCUAUUUUUAUUUAUUCAAUUUUUUGUACUUUCACUUGAAAUUGAAUUUGUAUUUAAUAAGAAAUUUUUCAAAUUAAACGACGAUUUUUGAGAAAUUGUAAUUUUUGCAGAAAAUUUUAAAGAAAAAAAAUUAGAAUACUAAUAACAAAAGUGGAUAAAUUAUUAAAUUUGGGCGAAAAAAAAAAAUUUUGCAUAAUGCAACUAGUCGAAAUUUCUUUUCUACGCAAAAGUAUUUUAUCUCUGUGUAUAUAAAUAUAUAUAAAAAAAAAUGACGUGUACAUAAGUACUAGCGAAAUAAAUUAAUAGUAUUUAA